UGUUUUGAAAUUCACCAUUCACAACGAACCUCCAGAGGGACAGGACUCAUUAUAAUUACAUAAUCAAUUUGGUGCUUGAAAAUGCUUCAAAGGAAGAGGACUGGAAUUCGAUGUUAAUAUUGGAAAGAGAGUGUUAGAUAUUACGUCCGUGAUGCUCCGAAACUUGAGGGUACUGACGAUAACAUAAAGGUCUGGCUGUCUGAUCUGAAGGCCUUAUUUUCUGACUCCACAUCCAUCAAAGACAAUCCCCGUGCGCAAGAUGCCGUAGACCAGCUCUAUAAGCUGGAGAGAGACGAACUUGUGAUUGGACGUUCAGACAUCGAAGCAGCACUUGACCUGUUGAACAGAGCAAGCAAUAAUGGCUGAACAGCAACGUGCGUUAGAGAGAGAAACUGGGGAUUUCGUCGAAGUGCUUGAAAAUGAAGCUGAAGUUACCAUCGACCGUAUACAAGAUGUUGGAAGUAUAGUUAAAGAUGAAUUAGAGAGGAAAGCGUCGGUCCUUGGUGACGUGCUCCAGUACGAGACAGAUGUAGGCGUCCAUGCUAUACAAGAUGCUGAAGACAAAGCCCUCCAGAACAUAAAAGGGUUGAAUGAAGAUGAACAGACCUCGUUUAAAUCAGAUCUGAAGGAGGCUCUUAUCAUGUAUCACCGGAAAACAACUGCACACUAUUGCUUGGUCCUUUAUUUUACAGAUCUGAAGAAAGGUCUCAUCGUAUAUCAUGGCACAAAUAACUGCUCGCUACCGCUUGGUCCUUGCUUAAAUCUGGAAGAUUCAGGACUUGAGGACCUCUAUUUAUGGCCAAACAUUAGUAGGGUUAUUCUUCAGUCGAUUCAUAAAGACAAGACAUCAAAAGAACAGACUACAGAACCUCUUUCGAAUUUGGAACAGUUGUUCAGUUCGAAAGGUAUCAUAUUUCUCACCGCAGACGCUGGUGUUGGAAAGACAUCAUUUUGUAAGUUUUUAGUUUUAUCGUGGUGUAAGGUUCAAGAGGGAACGACCGAUCUGAAAUCAACGGUUAGUGGCACCCAAAGCGUUUCUAGCAUUAUUGAGUAUUUGAAGGAAUUUACUUAUUUGUUUUACAUCAAUUUACGUGAAAACCAAUGCGCUAAAUUAGAGGAUAUCAUUUUCUCGCAUACGGAAUCUGUUGACACAAAGUUAACGCGGGAUAAUAAAGCCUUUGAUAAUAUAUUGUCGAAAGAAAACGGUUUGUUCAUUUUAGACGGCUUAGAUGAAUGUAAAAUUCCCUUGAUAAUGUCUAUGCCUGUAAAUAGAAAGUAUACUGUUCUCAUUACAUCACGUCCUUGGAAACUUGCAAACAUAAGUAUGCAAAAAAAAUAUACACAUGCACAAAUUGAGGUUAUGAAACAAGAUUUGUCCAAACAACUUGUGAAUCAUGCGAACGAAUGUUUGAACAAGCAUUUCAAGACAUCAUAUGAUACAGAUGAUUUCUUAGACGCUGUCAAAACUCAAUGUUUAGAAUCUCAGCUCGAAAAUCCAAUGUUUGCGCUGCAGUUGUUAUGUAUCUAUCACGAUAAACGCAGUGAGAAUAAAACAUGUUCGGACAAUGCAACCGUUCACAGAUUAUGUUCAGAUUCCGGUACAACGUCAGUACCUCGUCAGACCGGACUGACAUACCUUGGUAAGACAAGGUCGCAUGUAUAUGCAAAUAUGAUAGAACUGAUGUUACGUAGUACCGAAAAGAAGGAGGAAUCACUCGUACAAGAUCUCAGUGAGUAUUACAAGAACAAUGGUCAACCACAUGCACUUCCCGAAUGUUUUGAUGAAAGAAAUUACGCGUGCUGUGGUUUAGCAAAACUAAUUUACGCUAUUGGAAAACUGGCUGCUUAUUCACUUUUAGGCGAUAAUAAAUCUUUAAUAGAAGAACACCAAAUAAGAAAACUUAAGAAAGAUGAAACGUCGGUACUUCUCAAAUCUGGACUUCUUUCGAAAACAAGCUUGAAAACUAUAUCAGGAGAGAGCAAUGUGUACACAUUUUUACAUCAGACUUAUAAGGAGAUGCUUGCAUGUGUGUUUCUAUCUUCGCAUAGUUUUGAUAGUGAUAUUUGGAGAAAAUUCAUAGAAAAUUUUGGUUCUGUUGUGUCACCCGAUAUGUUGUCUUUUUUAUGUGUCAUGAACUAUGAACAAGGUUGCAAGUGUGUAGAUAUGUUUAAUGAAAGCAAACGGUUGUUUGUUAGAGAUGGCACAUUUUACACAUCCGAACUAAUUGCCUAUCAAACAACAAUUGCAAUGACCCACAAAGAAUGUUUUGACAAUGGAAUUAAAGAGCCACGAAUUACGUUGAAACACGCACUGCUUAACCCAGAUUCAGGCAUUGGAACUGAUCAUGCACUUUUGCACACCAUCAACCCGUCUUCCCUAGAGAUGUUCUGGGUUGCCGUAAAGCCUGAGCUGAUACAAGAAAUACCGCCCAUGAAGUUGUCCUUUGUUGGCGGGUCGCAAUUCUCUUCCAAUCUUAAAAAACUCAGCUUAGUGCACGUGAACAUGGAUGUUCCCCUUGAUUUGGCAAAUUGUCCGCAAUUACAGAAAUUAGUUAUGGGAAAUACCUCAUCCGAUUCUGUAACAGGUAUAUGCGUUGUACGUAGCAUGCAACGUUGUGAUGCACUUCAGGAACUGCAGCUUGACACAUUGACCUUCCCUGCAGAUACUCACCUGGAUCUCAGCGGUCUCAUACAUCUCUCAAACAUAACUAUACAGGACACCCGACUGUCCCGCGUAACCAUCAAUCCGUCUUCCCUAGAGAUGUUCUGGGUUGCCGUAAAGCCUGAACUAAUACAAGAAAUACCGCCCAUGAAGUUGUCCUUUGUUGGCGGGUCGCAAUUCUCUUCCAAUCUUAAAAAACUCAGCUUAGUGCACGUGAACAUGGAUGUUCCCCUUGAUUUGGCAAAUUGUCCGCAAUUACAGAAAUUAGUUAUGGGAAAUACCUCAUCCGAUUCUGUAACAGGUAUAUGCGUUGUACGUAGCAUGCAACGUUGUGAUGCACUUCAGGAACUGCAGCUUGGCACAUUGACCUUCCCUGCAGAUACUCACCUGGAUCUCAGCGGUCUCACACAUCUCUCAAACAUAACUAUACAGGACACCCGACUGUCCCGCGUAACCAUCAAUCCGUCUUCCCUAGAGGAGUUCUGUGUUUACGUAAAGCCUGAGCUGAUACAAGAAAUACCGCCCAUGAAGUUGUCCUUUGUUGGCGGGUCGCAAUUCUCUUCCAAUCUUAAAAAACUCAGCUUAGUGCACGUGAACAUGGAUGUUCCCCUUGAUUUGGCAAAUUGUCCGCAAUUACAGAAAUUAGUUAUGGGAAAUACCUCAUCCGAUUCUGUAACAGGUAUAUGCGUUGUACGUAGCAUGCAACGUUGUGAUGCACUUCAGAAACUGCAGCUUGGCACAUUGACCUUCCCUGCAGAUACUCACCUGGAUCUCAGCGGUCUCACACAUCUCUCAAACAUAACUAUACAGCACACCCGUCUGUCCCACGUAACCAUCAACCCGUCUUGUCUAGAGAUGUUCUGGGUUGCCGUAAAGCCUGAACUAAUACAAGAAAUACCGCCGGUGAAGUUGUCCUUUGUUGGCGGGUCGCAAUUCUCUUCCAAUCUUAAAAAACUCAGCUUAGUGCACGUGAACAUGGAUGUUCCCCUUGAUUUGGCAAAUUGUCCGCAAUUACAGGAAUUAGUUAUGGGAAAUACCUCAUCCGAUUCUGUAACAGGUAUAUGCGUUGUACGUAGCAUGCAACGUUGUGAUGCACUUCAGGAACUGCAGCUUGACACAUUGACCUUCCCUGCAGAUACUCACCUGGAUCUCAGCGGUCUCACACAUCUCUCAAACAUAACUAUACAGGACACCCGACUGUCCCGCGUAACCAUCAAUCCGUCUUCCCUAGAGGAGUUCUGUGUUUACGUAAAGCCUGAGCUGAUACAAGAAAUACCGCCCAUGAAGUUGUCCUUUGUUGGCGGGUCGCAAUUCUCUUCCAAUCUUAAAAAACUCAGCUUAGUGCACGUGAACAUGGAUGUUCCCCUUGAUUUGGCAAAUUGUCCGCAAUUACAGGAAUUAGUUAUGGAAAAUACCUCAUCCGAUUCUGUAACAGGUAUAUGCGUUGUACGUAGCAUGCAACGUUGUGAUGCACUUCAGAAACUGCGGCUUGACACAUUGACCUUCCCUGCAGAUACUCACCUGGAUCUCAGCGGUCUCACACAUCUCUCAAACAUAACUAUACAGCACACCCGUCUGUCCCACGUAACCAUCAACCCGUCUUGUCUAGAGAUGUUCUGGGUUGCCGUAAAGCCUGAACUAAUACAAGAAAUACCGCCGGUGAAGUUGUCCUUUGUUGGCGGGUCGCAAUUCUCUUCCAAUCUUAAAAAACUCAGCUUAGUGCACGUGAACAUGGAUGUUCCCCUUGAUUUGGCAAAUUGUCCGCAAUUACAGAAAUUAGUUAUGGAAAAUACCUCAUCCGAUUCUGUAACAGGUAUAUGCGUUGUACGUAGCAUGCAACGUUGUGAUGCACUUCAGGAACUGCAGCUUGGCACAUUGACCUUCCCUGCAGAUACUCACCUGGAUCUCAGCGGUCUCACACAUCUCUCAAACAUAACUAUACAGGACACCCGACUGUCCCGCGUAACCAUCAAUCCGUCUUCCCUAGAGGAGUUCUGUGUUUACGUAAAGCCUGAGCUGAUACAAGAAAUACCGCCCAUGAAGUUGUCCUUUGUUGGCGGGUCGCAAUUCUCUUCCAAUCUUAAAAAACUCAGCUUAGUGCACGUGAACAUGGAUGUUCCCCUUGAUUUGGCAAAUUGUCCGCAAUUACAGGAAUUAGUUAUGGAAAAUACCUCAUCCGAUUCUGUAACAGGUAUAUGCGUUGUACGUAGCAUGCAACGUUGUGAUGCACUUCAGAAACUGCGGCUUGACACAUUGACCUUCCCUGCAGAUACUCACCUGGAUCUCAGCGGUCUCACAAAUCUCUCAAACAUAACUAUACAGCAUACCCGUCUGUCCCACGUAACCAUCAACCCGUCUUGUCUAGAGGUGUUAUGGGUUGCCGUAAAGCCUGAACUAAUACAAGAAAUACCGCCGGUGAAGUUGUCCUUUGUUGGCGGGUCGCAAUUCUCUUCCAAUCUUAAAAAACUCAGCUUAGUGCACGUGAACAUGGAUGUUCCCCUUGAUUUGGCAAAUUGUCCGCAAUUACAGAAAUUAGUUAUGGAAAAUACCUCAUCCGAUUCUGUAACAGGUAUAUGCGUUGUACGUAGCAUGCAACGUUGUGAUGCACUUCAGAAACUGCGGCUUGACACAUUGACCUUCCCUGCAGAUACUCACCUGGAUCUCAGUGGUUUUACACAUCUCUCAUCAAUAACUAUACAGGACACCCGUCUGUCCCGCAUAACCAUCAAUCCGUCUUCCCUAGAGGAGUUCGGGGUUUACGUGAGGCCUGAAAUGAUACAAGAAAUACCGCCCAUGAAGCUGUCCUUUGUUGGCGGGUCGCAAUUCUCUUCCAAUCUAAAAAAACUCAGCUUAGUGCACGUGACCAUGGAUGUUCCCCUUGAUUUGGCAAAUUGUCCGCAAUUACAGCAAGUUAUGGGAAAUACCUCAUCCGAUUCUGUAACAGGUAUAUGCGUUGUACGUAGCAUGCAACGUUGUGAUGCACUUCAUACACUGCAUCUUGACACAUUGACCUUCCCUGCAGAUACUCACCUGGAUCUCAGCGGUCUCACACAUAUCUCAAACAUAGCUAUACAGAACACCCGACUGUCCCGCGUAACCAUCAACCCGUCUUCCCUAGAGAAGUUCUGUGUUUACGUAAAGCCUGAACUAAUACAAGAAAUACCGCCCGUAAAGUUGUCCUUUGUUGGCGGGUCGCAAUUCUCUUCCAAUCUUAAAAAACUCAGCUUAGUGCACGUGACCAUGGAUGUUCCCCUUGAUUUGGCAAAUUGUCCGCAAUUACAGCAAUUAGUUAUGGAAAAUACCUCAUCCGAUUCUGUAACAGGUAUAUGCGUUGUACGUAGCAUGCAACGUUGUGAUGCACUUCAGAAACUGCAGCUUAACACAUUGACAUUCCCUGCAGAUACGCACCUGGAUCUCAGUGAAUUAACGUGUUUGACUGAUAUAUCAUUGGCAAGAUUAAAGACGAAUAUAACCGUUCAGUUUCCACAAAAUGUGCAUAAAAUAGUCAUAGACGGUGUAACCUUCCGCAAAAAUACACACCUGGAUCUCAGCGGGCUCGCACAUCUCUCAAAGAUAACUAUACAGAACACCCGUCUGUCCCACGUAACAAUCAACCCGUCUUCCCUAGAGAUGUUUUGGGUUUACGUGAGGCCUGAAAUGAGACAAGAAAUACCGCCCAUGAAGGUGUCCUUUGUUGGCGGAUUGCAAUUCUCUUCCAAUCUUAAAGAACUCAGCUUAGUGAACGUGACCAUGGAUGUUCCCCUUGAUUUGGCAAAUUGUCAGCAAUUACAUGAUUUAGGUACAGAAAAUACCUCAUCCGAUUCUGUAACAGGUAUAUGCGUUGUACGUAGCAUGCAACGUUGUGAUGCACUUCAGAAACUGCAGCUUAACACAUUGACAUUCCCUGCAGAUACGCACCUGGAUCUCAGUGAAUUAACGUGUUUGACUGAUAUAUCAUUGGCAAGAUUAAAGACGAAUAUAACAGUUCAGUUUCCACAAAAUGUGCAUGAAAUAUUCAUAGACGGUGUAAUAUUCCGCACAAAUACACACCUGGAUCUCAGCGGGCUCGCACAUCUCUCAAAGAUAACUAUACAGAACAUCCGUCUGUCCCGAGUAACCAUCAACCCGUCUUGUCUAGAGGAGUUCUGGGUUUUCGUAAAGCCUGAACUAAAACAAGAAAUACCGUCCAUGAAGUUGUCCUUUGUUGGCGGGUCGCAAUUCCCUUCCAAUCUUAAAGAACUCAGCUUAGUGCACGUGAUCAUGGAUGCUCCCCUUGAUUUGGCAAAUUGUCAUCAAUUACAGAAAUUAGUUAUGGAAAAUACCUCAUCCGAUUCUGUAACAGAUAUAUGCGUUGUACGAAACAUGCAACGUUGUGAUGCACUUCAGAAACUGCGGCUUGACACAUUGACAUUCCCUGCAGAUACGCACCUGGAUCUCAGUGAAUUAACGUGUUUGACUGAUAUAUCAUUGAUAACAUUAAUGACGAAUAUAACCAUUCAGUUUCCACAAAAUGUGCAUAAAAUAUUCAUAGACGGUGUAACCUUCCGCAAAAAUACACACCUGGAUCUCAGCGGGCUCGCACAUCUCUCAAAGAUAACUAUACAGAACACCCGUCUGUCCCGUGUAACAAUCAACCCGUCUUCCCUAGAGAUGUUUUGGGUUUACGUGAGGCCUGAAAUGAUACAAGAAAUACCGCCCAUGAAGGUGUCCUUUGUGAGCGGGUCCAAGUUCUCAAGCAAACUUACGAUGCUUAGCUUAGUACAUACAACGAGUAUUCAUAGCGUAGAUUUAUCGGAAUGUGUUCAGUUACAAACACUCAGAACAAGUCAUAUAUUACAAAUAGGGACAUUAGGCCUUCCGCGUCUAGAGGAGGUUCGAUUGUUUGGUGCACAAACAGAAGUUUGCAACAAUGUUUUACAGUUCAUAUCUGAAAGCAGUUGCCCUUGUGGAAGAAUAUGGUUUGAAAACCUAUCUCCGGAAAUAUUCAGUUCAUUGACUGUUAGUCGAACUUAUACGGAGAAGUUGGAAUCAUUCAAGUUUCGCUUAAUAUAUUUUGACAUAAAUGUAUUUGAUUUUAUCAAGAUAACCGGUGUGAAAAAGGUUGAAUUUGCAAAGGUGAAAAUAGUUAAAGCCCAGCAGCUUGUAGCCUUACUGACAAGUACAGAGGCUAUUCAAGCCUCAGACAAUACUGCAGGCGGAGUGGUCGAACUUCCCGUCGGGCUCCGUGUAUCAGAUAUCAGUUUCUCUGAUUGUCCUGUUCUGGGUUCUACAGUUGAGGAAUUAGAUUCGGCGAUUGAAUGUUUACGACGGGUUUGGGAGAUCAAGGAAGUCAAGAUAGAAACACAGCAGUCUAGCAUUUCCAACACCGUCUGCGGUGAAGACAUUAUUAGCGAGAAUCACAUUGUGUUGAAGAGUUUGCAGCUGAACUCAAAUUAACUUAAGUUCGCGUUGGAUAGAAAUCUAGAUAGUGCAUCUUUAAAAUUAACGAUCCAGCGAAAUGAAUAGUUUUACUAUUUAAUGUUUGUACAUAAAGUUUCGUCUUACACAGUCAUAUUUCGUUUCAUCUUAAAUAGUCAUAUUCCGUAUCGUCUUACAUAGUCAUAUGCCGUUACGUCUUACUCAGUCAUAUUCCGUUACGUCGUACACAGUCAUAUUCCGUUACGUCUUACACAGUCAUAUUCCGUUACGUCUUACAAAGUCAUAUUCCGUUACGUCUUACACAGUCAUAUUCCGUUACGUCUUACAAAGUCAUAUUCCGUUACGUCUUACAAAGUCAUAUUCCGUUACUUCUUACAACGUCAUAUUCCGUUACGUCUUACUCAGUCAUAUUCCGUUACGUCUUAUACAGUCAUAUUCCGUUACGUCUUACAACAUCAUAUUCCGUUACGUCUUACAACGUCAUAUUCUCUAACGUCUUACAGCGUCAUAUUCCGUUAAGUCUUACAACGUCAGGCCUGCUUAUAUGAUUCCGUAUCGUCUUAUAGAGUCGUCCCCUGUUUAAUCGCAGAAUUGGGUGCCAAAACCUUUCAGAUGUUUUUUUUAUAUAUAUGUUGUGGAUAUUUGGAUAUCACGCAGGACAAAUUAUGUACAGUGAGCUUUUGUUGUAUUUUUACUUUCGUAUUUUUUUGUAUCUGCCUGUUGAAUAUAUUAAAAUUUUGAUUUCAAAAUAAAUUGUUUAUUUUAAGAAGCACAUAACAGUGGCAUUAGCUUCUUUUUUAAUAAGCUAAAACAUAAGAAUAUUCAUUUCUUGUGUGAUUCAUCCCGCUAUAGAACAUGUAUUAAUAUCCCGUUUCAAAUAUUUUAAAAAGAACGUUUAAACAUUUGAGAAAAAAUAUGUAACUUUUUCAUAUGUCUGUCACACAGGUGAAUGGAUUAAAAUGCAAAAUGAUAUUACAAAUGAAAACAUGCUGAUAUAAAUUUGGUACCUAAAAAUAUGAUUGCUAGUACAUUAAUGCGUGUACUUUAUAUUGUUUGCAGCGUUUACGAUAAUUUUGUGGGUUUAUAAAUGUUCAAUGUUUUUACAUAUGAAAACAUAUAUAAGCAGAUAUUAAAGUGACCAAUCAAAAGGGUCAGAAGUUCCCACUAAAUAUUUAUUGUAAAUUGUUUUGUUUUUUUAAUGACAGGAGAUGCUCUUUUUUCCAAAAUAGGAAUAUUAACGAUACUGAAAGUAGAUUGUUAUAGACUUCGACUUUAAAAUUUUGUUCAAAUCAGUAUAUGCCAGCGAUCGUUCUUGUGUUCGCGUAAUAAUAUGUAUAAGAACUCGAUUUCAAGUUAAAUAAAAUCUUUGAGUGUUUUCUUGUCUGUAUAUUGUAUGUAUUGAAAACAUUCUAGUGACAAACAAACAUUGAUAAAAACUGACACCGAUUUGUAUUUUAUAUUUUGAAAAUCAUUUUACUUUAGAUAUUCCUUUUUUAUAUUUCAACACAGAAAUAUUCAUCAUUAUUGUUACUGUUUGGAUCUGUCGAAAAGACAUUCUAUUUACAGGAGUAGUGUAUUUUGUUUAUUCGUUGUAUUAAAGCUGCACUCUCACAGAUUGAUUGUUUUGACUCUUAUAUUUCUGAAAUGAGCCAAUCUUAGCCUUUUCUACUGGAAAUCAGUGACAUAAGACUGCUGACAAAAGAGCAGACCGUUGUUUUCAUAUUCACGUAAAAUAGGUGCUUUAUGGCUAAACUAAUGCUUUAAGAAAUAUAAUUUUAUCGGCUGUUUUCCAGACAAUUGAGAUCAUUUCUGUUGUGAGUUAUCUUUUAUGACUGUAUUAAGGCAUUGCCACCAACUCAGUUAAUUCUGAGGCAAAAUAAAUAAAACAAAAAUAAAACAUUUGUGAGAGUACAGGUUACUUUGAAAUGUUUUACGAAAAGUCAUCGUCGGAUACCCACGGGAGACCUAUUUAUCUGUUGCAUGGAGUGAGCGGAAUGUGUAAGUCGUGGGUCUCCGACGGUGACAAGACUCUGUAUAAACAGUUAUGUUUGCGACUAGUUUGUAUACAGUGUCCAUUUCAAUGCUCUACUGAAAGCAAUAAAAACACUAUUAAAAUAAAAUAAAGAUUUACCAUCAUUUUGAACCCAUAUUAUGUAUUGAUAAUGGACUCAGUAUGAAUGCUAAAACUUAAGUGGAACCUUCUGUUAUAUUUUGUCAAUCAAGAUUCAACUUGUGCUCAUGUGUCAUAGUUUGUGUUAACUUAUAUACAGUCGAACCCCGUUGGCUCGAACUCCAAGGGACCGGCGAAAAUACCUCGAGCCUCAGAAAUCUCGAGCCAAGCGGGAAUGCCUUUGUUUAGUAUAAUAUAGAAAUCGGUCUUAAACAUUCAGUUCGAGCCAACGAGGAAUUCGAGCCAAGCGAAUUCGAGUCAACGGGGUUCGACUUUAUAAGAAAAUAUUUUGGAUGCAAACAAUUUAAUUCAUAAUAUUGCCUAAACAUGCACUAUGAACAUAUAUUUGUUACACAUGUAAAAUGUUUACAAAUGUUAUGUAUAUAUAAUACAAGUUCUUGUUGAGUUUUAUAUUUCUAAUAAUGUGAAAAUUAAUGCAACAAGCAUUUAUAUUCAUAAAAUUUGAUAGUAAUAUUGUGUACUAAACAUGCAUUAUGUAAAGAUGGUUUUGUCAAACAUGUAGCUAUUUUUGCAAAUGUUGUGUACAUGCACUACCAGUUCCUCAGCGGAUCGAUAUUGAGUUCAUGUAUUGUAUAUACUCAUGUAUACUCAAUGCAAGGGACAUUCGUGUUCAAGAAUUGUUUGUUAGUAGAAUUGUACAUACAAUCGAUGCAAUUCCAUGCCUUUAUUUUUUCAUGGCAAUCAUUGAUAAUAAUGUAUUCUGAUAAAUUAUUUGUUAUACAUGCCUAUGCAAAAUAUAUUUUUUUGCAAGAAAUGAUGCAAAAUAAAAUGUAUUAAUAAAUUAUCUUAAUUGA